CUGUUCUGUUCUCCCAGUGUGCGUGGAUUCACAGGAAUGGCAGUGGGGUAGUGUUUGGGCAGUUGAGCUGGUGCGUGAACACCUGUAACAGCGUCUGUCCUUCCAUAGACUUCAACGAGAGUUUCUGCAACCCUUCAUCGAAUAAACAACCAUGUCGGACUCGGACAUGGCUCGGAACCCGUUCGCGGCCCUCUUCCCGUCCUUGGUGGACGUUCAGGCCUUUGUUCAGAACUCCGCCGAGGUGUCCCCGCGGGAUUUCCCGCUCGCAGUCACCGAGAAGGAUCUCGCCACUCGUCGGAUGGAGUCCAGCGAGAACUCGGCGCCAAAAAUAAUCACCUCGGCGAGCCACGUAAACAGCAGUGCCGUGCCCGAUGACCAGCAACUGCUGUCGGCCACACUCGAAGAUAUAUUCAGGGUCGUCGUGUCAGAUGACAUCAGUUCCAAACCUACCAAGGGUCCCUGCUGUGUCUACCUAGAGACAUUUAGGGAUUCCAAUAAGUGCCUUGCACUUGACAUUCUUGACGAGGUGGUGUUUGAGAGACUCGUCCUAGACGAUCCCCAGCACCACGUUGUCCGCAAAAGCACUAUCGCAAGUGAAACUGCUGAAGCAACGGAGCCCAGGGUUUUCUUCUACUUGUACCAAUGCUACUUCAGGCUACAGAAAGCGGCACCCAAACUCAAGAAUGAAGACUUCAGAACCAUUGAGAAAACGAUUGUAUCCCAAGCAUCGACAUGCCUUUGCCACUGUGACAUUUAUCCCGGUAAAAAGAUACAGGAGCAAGUGUUCUACCUUUUGGAAGAAUACCAUGACAGCUCAGGUCAUCAGGAGCAUCUUGAGCGCUUUCUGCGAAAGUGUGCCAACUCCAUCAAACAGCGCUUUGAUGCUGAGGAGGAACAGGUGUCCUUGCUGGAAGUGCUGUCACAUUCGUUUGACAUCCUACGUGCACGCUUUGCAAGAGUGUCCAUUGCCAGCCGUGACCUCUUCGUGCUGCUCGACAUACUUAGAUACUUCGCCCUGUCCACAUCCACAGCAACCGCCUUGCUGGACUUCAGCACCCCUUCGGACGCGGGUGACCUUCGGAGCUUUCAAGAGAGCUUGCUGGGGUCACCACUGUGCAUUUCGUGCCUGCCACGCAGAGAAGCAGACCCCUUUGAGUUCUUCGACACACCUUCUCAGUCCACAAUGCAAGAGCAUUCCAUCACUGAAAGUAACCUUUGGCUGCCUCUGAAAGGGCUUGCUGCAGAGAUGCACAACAUCUUUUACACCUUGCUGAGGCUGUCCCACGAGACCCGCGACAAGACGCUGACGUGGCUUGGUCAGUGCAUCGAGUCCUGUGCAGACCGAGGCAAGCUGUGGAACAGUCAGGUCUCGGAGCUAUUCUUGACGAUGCAGAGGGGCGACGGCUUUGCUCUGAAUCUGGGCGCUGUAUUGCUCAGGCUGGCGCGGCCAUUUUCCGAGCCCUGUUCUCCGAAGCUUCUGAAGGUUGAUUACCGGUACUGCUCCGUCGAGCCGCAGUCGGAGGAACAGGCUGUGAGCCUUGGCCUACACCUUCGUGGGCUUUCCAAAGAAACGUGCCUUGUGCCUCGGGAAGAAGGCGACAGUGCCAUGAUGCCUGAUACCAGCUUCAACUUCCCGACCGAGUGCUUCUUUGCCUGCCAUCGGGUGCUUAGUCUCGGCUUUCGCGUGGUGCACGAACGACUUGCCAGGCUGAGUCAGGACCUCAACAGAGUUCGCAGAGUAUAUGAGGAGACACGUGCGCAAGGGGGCGAAUCUUCUGAGGUGGGCCGCAGGCUGCAAGAAAACAUGGAGAAAGGCAUGACACGUUUCCUGUCGUUGAAGGCAGUACUGCUGGAGCCGACCUCUCUUGAGCAGAUGUUACGGUUCCACGUGGCAUCGGCCUCUUGGCUCUGCCAUGUGGCCACGGAUCCGGACUUGGACUCGUACCAGCCAUUGACAUUGCCUUUUCCGGAGCAUGGCAACAGCCGACUGGCUCUCGUGCCCGAGUUUGUGGUGGAGAACAUUUGUGACUGCAUCGUCUUUGUCAAGAGGUUCAGCGAACGCAGUCUUGAGUUUGUAGGGCAGGAGUUGGAACACUUGAUGACAUUGGUGCUGGUGUUCAUGGGGAGCCCGCAGCGCAUGAACAAUCCCCACCUGCGAGCACGGCUGGCCGAGAUGCUCGAGGUGCUCAUGACCUCUUCCGAAGAUGACUCCUUCACUGGCAUUGUGCCCUUGAGCAGCAGAAGACGACUGUUCUUGCAGCAUCCAUUUGCAAUGGAACUGUCGCCGACUCUCCUACAUGUGUUUGUGAGCAUCGAGAUGACUGGACAGAGUGUGACGUUUGAACAGAAGUUCCACUAUCGUCGCCCCAUGUACACCAUUUUGGAGAACCUUUGGAACAUACCUGGUCACAGAAACAAAAUGAAGAGUCUGGCUGCUGAAGCAGAAGCAAACAUUGAGUGUUCCACCCCUCCACUUUUUCUGAGAUUCAUCAACUUGCUCAUCAACGAUGCUAUCUUUCUUUUAGAUGAAGCCCUUUCGUACAUGAGCCGGCUACGGGAGCUGCAGCAACCUGGGCAAGCGGCGGAGGCCAACCUGCAGCACCUUGGCAUGCUGGCCCACUUCCACAACGUCAUGGGCACAGAGACCAUCCGCACCUUGGCACGGCUCACAGCCGAGGUGUCCUCCAUCUUUUGCCAUCCCACCAUGGUGGACCGCAUUGCAACCAUGCUCAACUACUUCCUCCUCCACCUGGUAGGGCCACAAAAGAAGAACCUCAAAGUGAAGGACUUCAGUGAGUACGAGUUCAAACCACAGGAGCUGGUGCAAAACAUCUGCAAGAUCUACACUAAUCUCGGUUCGGAGGAUUCCGAAACGGCUCAAGCAUUUUGCAUUGCAGUGUCCAGGGACGGCCGAUCCUACAGUCCCGAUUUGUUUCCACAAGCACAGAAGGUUCUCGUGAAGAUCAGGCAGGGUGCCCUCUCUGUGGCUGUGGGGGAGCUGGCCGAGAAGAUUCAGAAGGCAGCCUCUCAGCAGAAGCAGGAAGAUGAGGCCACCGGAGAUGCUCCCGAGGAGUUCCUGGACCCCAUCAUGAGCACGAUCAUGACUGACCCAGUGGUACUGCCAAGCUCAGGCAUUACACUUGACCGGUCUACCAUAGCAAGGCACCUCCUCAGUGAUCAAACUGACCCCUUCAACCGGUCCCCUUUGACAAUGGAGAUGGUUAAACCAAACGAAGGCCUUAAGAAGAAAAUCCUGGAAUGGAGAGCAAAAAGAAUGCAAUGAUGCUAGCUCAUUUUAUCUUCUGUUAAGUUUUCUAAAGUGUCUAUUGUCAUUCCUUGGUUUUGUUAUCCAUGACCUGUACAUAUUUAGCAGAGAGAAUAAAUCUGUUAAUU